AUGGCGCUGACUAGGCCCAUGACCCCUAUGGAUCUUCUCAAGUUCAAUCCUUGCAACCUCGAUCAUCUCACUGAAACGUACAACAUCAACUUCUACCUAGAGUACUUCACUAAAUGGCCCCAGCUAUGCAAGGUCAUCGAAAGCGAAAGCGGCCAGAUUGAAGCUUACAUCCUAGGCAAGGUCGAAGCCUCUCCAUAUCCAGCACCAGUGGAGCCUUACGAUCCUGGCCUUAAGAUAUACCAGAAGAAGUUUCCUAAUUACUUGCCAUGGCACGCCCAUAUUACCUGCCUGACCGUAGCACCAGCCGCAAGGCGGUUGGGUCACGCCACUCGCCUCUCGGAAGCUCUGGAGCAGGCCGGCGACGAGCAGAAUGCUUGGUUUGUGGACCUCUUCGUACGAGUUGAAAACGAGGCUGCCAUUCAACUUUACAAGAAGAUGGGAUACUCGGUCUACCGAAGGAUCACCGACUACUACAAUGACGGCAGCGAUGCAUAUGACAUGCGGAAACCGCUCAGGCGGGACAAGCAGCGGAAGACUGUUCGCGCUAAUGGCGAAAAUAUCAAAGUUGAUCCAUCCGAGGUCUGGUGA